AUGGGGGAUCUGCGAAUCUCAGGCCCUUGGCCGCAAGCUGCAACGGCUCUCUUAACGGCCGCCGUCCUGUGGCAGCCCGCUGGCUCUGCAAUGCUCCCUCUGCUGCUGCUGCUUGCGGGGCUUGGCCAACUCACCUCCGCCAGCCAGAAUUAUGAAGACCCUCUUCUGCAAAUCACAGUGCCACAGAAGAUCCCAACAAACAGGAGGGAUGAUGCUAUUCCAGCAAUGCAUGUUACUUAUCUAAUCAAUAUUAAGGGGAAAGCAUAUACCAUUCAUCUUGAAAAACAGUCAUUCUUACCACCCGAUCUCAUGAUGUAUUCAUACAACAGCUCAGGCGCUCUGCUUGUUGAGUCUCCUUUUACAAAGGUUCAUUGCUUUUAUCAAGGAUAUGCUGCAGAAAUUUCUCACUCAGUAGUGACACUUAACAUCUGUUCUGGCCUCAGGGGAUUGCUGCAGUUGGAAAAUGUCAGUUAUGGAAUUGAACCCUUGAAAGCUACAAGUACAUAUGAACAUAUACUUUAUGAAAUAGGAAAUAAGAAAAUGGAUUUUUCCCCCUUGCAAAGAAAUUAUACUACAAAACAAAUUGGGGAUAAUUUCUAUCGGAUUCUUGUAAAAUCAAAAAACAAUUCUGAUGACAUCCAAGUGAGAAGAAACCUGAGACUACAAAUCAUCUUGGAUAAAGCCUUGUAUGAUUACAUGGGCUCUAAUGUAGCAAUUGCAGCUGAGAAAGUUGUCCAGAUCUUUGGUCUAAUCAACACUGUAAGUAUUUAUAUUCAAAUUAAAGUGUUCUUGCUAAGUGUUUACAGAGACCAUCCUAAUUACGUGGGAGCAACAUAUCAUGGAGUGGCAUGCAGUCCAAAUUUGGCUGUAGGAAUAGCUCUGUAUCCUAAAAUGACAACUUUGGAGGAAUUUUCAGUCGUUAUGACACAAUUGCUUGCAGUGAAUCUGGGAUUGACAUAUGAUGACAUCUACAAGUGUUACUGUUCAGGAAAUACAUGUAUAAUGAAUCCCGAGGCAAUACAUUCCCGUGGUGUAAAGUUUUUUAGCAGUUGCAGCCUGGAUGAAUUUAAAAAUAUAGUUGGAGGGCCUGAAUUUGUAUGUCUUCAAAAUCAAAUAGCUUCGAAGGUGGCAAUCCAAGGAAGACAAGACCAUGCGGUUUGUGGCAAUGGAAUUCUGGAAGGUCAGGAACAAUGUGAUUGUGGCAAGCCACAGACUUGUAAAUUUUCAAAAUGCUGCCAGGCUGAGACUUGUACUCUGAUUGGCUUUGCAGAGUGUGGCAGUGGAAUAUGCUGUGAAGAAAAGAGUUGUCUGGUAUCUGAACAUGGAAAAGUAUGUAGGAAAAGCCAUGAUCCAUGUGACUUUACAGAAUAUUGUACGGGAACAUCUGAAUUCUGUGUCCCUGAUAUGAAAUCUGCUGAUUUAGAACCGUGUGAUAAUUAUACUGCCUUUUGCUUUGAAGGAAGGUGCCAAAGUAUGGACCGCCAGUGUAUAGACUUGUUUGGAAAAUUUGCAAAGGGUGCUGAUUAUUUAUGCAUACAAGAGCUGAAUUCUAAUGUGGAUGACUUUGGAAGCUGUCAAGGAAAAGCUUGUGGUUAUCGAUCUAUACUUUGUGGAAAGAUAGUUUGUCACUGGACAGCAACAGGACUGGUCCCCUUGGCAGAUCAUGAUAUUCAAUAUACUUACUUGAGAGGACAUGUGUGUAUAUCUGCAUAUUUAAGGAAUCUAACAUUAAGGACAACUCAUGAUGAUACAUUUGUACAGACUGGCACGAUCUGUGGUUCAAAUGGGUAUUGUGAAGCCUCAGUGUGCAGAUCUGUGAAUGCCUAUAGUAAGAAAGUAAAUUGUAGCUCAUUGAAAAAAUGCAAUGGACACGGGGUUUGUAAUCAGAACCUGAACUGUCAAUGUGAUGUAGGAUAUGCACCUCCUUUUUGUGAUCCAGCACCAGCAUCAUUUGGGGGAAGUAUAGAUGAUGGAUUUUGGCGUGUAACAGACUUAAAUACAGCUUUGUUUGUAAAGCAACGAGCUGCUCCUCAACAUAAAGGCCUCUUGAUCAGUUUAUACGUUUUUUUGCCUUUCCUUGUUUUAACUGCCAUUAUCAUUCUAAAAUGGAAUACAGUGAAGGGAUUAUGGAACAGAGGAAAAGCAGUCAGUGGAGGAUCUGUAUUAGAAGACAGCAACAGUAACAGCAGCCUUACUGAGAGCAGCUACUAAGCAUUGAUGUCAAGAAGCCACAGGAGAACAAAAGGAUAUUACCAAGAAAGUAACCACGAAUGACGCUUAUUCAAGAGUGAAAAAAAUCUGCUCAUAUAUCCUUUUGUUAAGGUAUAGGGUUUUCAAGUUCAUCAGUGAAAAUAAAUCCUCUGAAAUUA